GUCCAAUCCGCGACGUCGCACGGUUUCAAGGCGCCCCGAAAGGCGCAAAAACAAAAGCAGUAGCCACCAAAAGAGCGCAGAAUAACUCCAAUAUCUCCACUGCGGCGGAUUAUAAGGCUCUUCUACCGACACAUCAUCCGUAUUUUCGUUCAGUUCGGCUCUGCGGUCAGCGGAACAACGGUCCGAGUGGAUGUUUAUCUCCACCGCGGGGAACUUGAAACCGCCCCGCUGCCCCAUUUCCUCGGUUGUUUUGCUUUUUUUUCGCCUGGAUUCUCCAUGCUGGAUCAAAAUUGGGUUAUUUUACUGUUUAGACAGUAGCCAGUUUUCUCUCCCGCCUCCACAGCGCGUUUCUUUUACUCGGGAGGCGAGCCAUCAUCGCAGAAACUCAAUUUAAGGAGAAGAAAAACAGCUAUAUAUGAGUGAAGUUCGUAUAUAUUUAAAGGCGCAACAUCGCAGGAGCCGAGCAGCUGGGUUCUGUUCUGGCUGAAUGUUGGAGUGUCUGAACUGAAGGGGGAACGGAUUGGAUUCGAGGGGCUCUGCAUUUAUUAGAUGGAAAGUUCUAUCAUCACACAAGUGCAAAAAGAAGAUAUUCAGCUGCCGACCAAAACAGGCCAGGUGAAAAAAUCUUCUCCUAAGAAACCUCGAAGUCGGAACAUCUUCAAAGCUCUUUUCUGUUGCCUUCGUGCACAGGAUGUCCCCCAACCUCCACCCCCUUCCCAGGAUACCCUGCUGCCUCCUGAGGAGAAUGGGACCAUCGCCAAGGUUCCAACGGCAAGUCUACUGCCCGAGGUGACAGCCGAAGAUCAGGGGAAGAUCUGUGUUGUUAUAGACCUGGACGAAACUCUAGUGCACAGCUCCUUCAAGCCAAUCAGUAAUGCUGACUUCAUUGUUCCAGUGGAGAUUGAGGGAACAACACACCAGGUCUAUGUCCUUAAGAGACCACAUGUUGAUAGGUUCCUUCAGCGUAUGGGAGAGAUGUUUGAAUGUGUGCUUUUCACUGCCAGUCUUGCUAAGUAUGCUGAUCCAGUCACUGACCUACUGGACCAGAGCGGAGUGUUCCGGACUCGCCUUUUCCGUGAGUCUUGCGUCUUCCACCAGGGCUGCUACGUUAAAGAUCUAAGCCGUCUCGGACGCCAGCUCAACAAGACCCUCAUCCUCGAUAAUUCUCCAGCCUCGUACAUCUUCCACCCUGAGAACGCUGUGCCUGUGCUGUCCUGGUUUGAUGACCUGGAGGACACAGAACUGCUGAACCUGCUGCCGGUGUUUGAGGAGCUGAGUGUAGCAGAAGAUGUCUGCGCUAAACUGAAGCAGCUCCGCGAACCCUGACAAGGACCUUCUGCAUCCCCGCCUAUCUUAAUGAAGAUUUCAGGCUAAGGGUGUCCAGCACCAGGAGAGCCUUUAAAGCAUCUGAAAUGCCUUAUUCUGCCUGCAAACAACCACCAAACACCUAGACACUCCAGUGGAGACGCCGAAACAUCACCAUGACGUCACAGAGUCUCUCUCAGGGUCCACGUGAGGACAACGUUCCUGUAUCCUCAUCAGAAGCAAUCAGAGAAGAUAGAACCCCAUUCAGUUUGUCCAAAUGUUUACUCUCCUUUACUCUGUGGACACUUAAUUCAGCUCAGACCUUAAACCUCAGUCGAUGUGCCCAUUUUAUUACAAGUGAUUUACAAUAUUAGUAUAUCACAGUCGCAUUUAUGCCAAAUUCUUAUUUUUCCCUGUGAAAAGGAGUCUUCAGAUCACAAAUGUGAAGCCUUUAAACUUCUGCUUUGUGCCUUUGAAUGGGGGGAAAGACCCACUGAUUUAUUUCUUGCAUUUCAAAUGUGCAUUUAAAGGGGAAUUCCACCAAUUUUAAAAAAUUCCUGUUGUAAACGUUCCGAUUUCUUCACAGUGGUGGUGACAACACCCUGCAUAUUAUGUAUUCAUUGACCAUGAAUGGCCAAAACGGUCAUAAAACAACAUCUCAGACAUCAAGCAGUGUAUUCAUAACCAUUUCUUGCAAUAACUUUCUGCGCGAGAGCUUUUAGAGGUUGACGUCUGGUUCCUAUCCCCCACCUGUGUCAACAACUCUGACUCU